AUGUAUCUUAAGGUAUUUUUCAUUCUUUACGCAUAACAUGAACAUUUUGCAAUGAUCAUUUGAAAAUAAAUACAUUUCACGUUAUGUCCGUGAGCAUGCGCAUAACAUGCCUUCCGUAAGGAGCCGCUCACAGCCAUCCCUGUUUUGAGCCGCUAGUCUUGUGGAGUAGCUCGGAAUAUGGAUAUGCCUUACAGUACGGUAUGGAAAAUCUUAUGAAAAAUUAUCAACUUCUAUCCGUACAAGAUCAGCCGUGUGCAGGAGCUACUGUACCCCGACCAUGAUGAGCGACUGACUUUUGCUGCAAAAUGAAAGAUGCCUGCAGAAAUGGAAUUUGAAGAUAUCUUGGAGGAAAUCGGGGGUAACGGGAAGUAUCAAAAACAUUUGAUUAUAUUUCUCCUCAUACCAGUUACAAUGUUGCUUCCAAUAAUAAAUAUGAAUGUUAUCUUUAUGGCAUCGGUUCCGGAUCAUUGGUGUUACGAACCGGAAGUUGCAACUUCUAAUUUAACAAUCGUCCAACAGAAAGCUCUCAUCAGUCCACCAAAAAUAUCCGACUGUUACAUGUAUGAUGCCAACUAUACGGAAAUUUUUAGGCAUGAAAAUUUCACAAUACAAACAAAUUCAGCGCUAAAACAUUGUGACAAAGGCUGGCAAUAUGACAAAACUGAUUAUGAGUAUACGAUAGCGACUGAGUGGAAUCUGGUCUGUGACGACGCAUAUUAUCCCAGCUUAAUUCUUACACUGCAUAAUCUUGGAAGCAUCAUCGGAACACCUAUUUUAGGAUUCUUCGCAGAUAGAUUUUUUCCCGAAUCGCCAAGCUGGUUAAUAACAAAUCAGAGAUAUGAAGAGGCGUUAACAAUUGUGAAGGGAAUUAGUGAAAAGAAUGGGAAAACCAAAGAUUCAGCUACUUUGAAGGCACUGAUUGAGAAACUGGGUGAAAGGUGCAGGACGAAGCAGGAAGUAGACAUAAAACACUCUACUUUGUAUAUCCUGAUGUAUUCUGAGCUGAGGAAAAUAUUUAUCACACUCAGCAUCAUGUGGGCAACAGUGUAUCUAGCAUACUAUGGUCUUCAAUUGAACAUAUAUAACUUAAUGGGAAACGAAUUCGUUAACUUUUCCAUUCUCUCACUGGCAGAAAUACCUGGAUGUAUUAUAUGUUGGUACAUGCUAGAACGCUUUGGAAGAAGGUUUACUUUAGCUACUAACUUCAUUUUCAUAGGACUGGCAUGCCUUUUGCCUUUAGCAGAAUAUCCAUACAUCGAUGUGGCGAGUUCUAUUUUAGGCAAAAUGUUUGCAUCAGGAAUUUAUGCAACCGCUUAUCAGUACAGCUCUGAACUAUUUCCUACAGUUAUCAGAUCUUCUGGUAUGGGUAUGAGUAACACCGUAGGCCUAUUAGCCACCCUAUAUGCUCCAUAUAUUGUAUAUCUGAGUUCAUUCAACAAAAAUAUUCUUUAUAUAACUAUUGCACAUUGCUCCUUCUUCAGUUGUGUUCUGAUAUUACUCCUGCCAGAGACACUCAACAAAAACUUGCCACAAACAAUAUCUGACGCAGAAGAAUUUGGCAAAGAUAGAAAGUUCUUUUCCUUCAAUAGAGAAAAUCCCUCGGAGGCAAAUUCGAAUUUGCAGCCUUAUUGCGUAUCUACUGUGGAAAGCGAACUUUCUGAGACCGCUUUUACGUCUUUUAAAAAGGAUAUAAACGUAAAGGCUGAGAAGACAAUAGCAAAAUCUAUUGAUCGAGACUAUGAAAAUAAAGGAAGAUAUUAGGACUCAUGACACAUUGCAGUGAUAUGUUGUAAACUGCUUUUUAUAAGUAACGUAGAAUGCAACUUUCAAUUUAAAAAUUUUAGCUAAUCAUUAUAAUCACUAACCAAUUUAUAAAAUGUUAAUAUGUUGAUUUACUUAAAUAUAUUGAUUUAUUUUUCAGUUAUCCUGUGAUGUGUAUCUAAACAUUUUGUGGUAAUUUUCCCUAUUUUGCAUGCAUGUUUAAACAAUAAACAGAAAAAUAAUAAA